UACUACACUCAGAUAAAUGAACAUUUGAUAUUCAUAAGGUAAAGCUUAUGAAAGGCAAAACAAAAAUAAAUUCACAGUUUCAUAAGUCAUUUAUGCUUUCAAUAAUUGACAUUAUGAAUUUCCAUAGUUGUGACGUAUGUUAUCUGUGCACCACACGAUUCAAAUUCAUAAGGUUCUUUAUGGAAUUUUUCCAAGUCAAAGUGAAUGAAAAGUUCAACGACGCUUAAAAAUGGCGGACGCGCUCAUCAUCGAAGAGAAGGACUUGAUAGCCGAUUUUGUUGCGCAUGCACCAGCAGAUUGCUUCGAUUUCCUCAAAGCCAUCGGGUUUAACACUUUUGCCCUUUUGACCAUCGCCGAAGAUCACUUUUGCGCGACCUUGAGUCAGUUCCCAAAUUCGUGGGGUGCAGAACAAAUUUGGAUUUGGAUACACCAAUGGCGUCAAAGAAAUCACCUGGAUACCAUUGUUGUACCGCAGGAGACAAACAUCGAAGGAAUAUUAAGUCCAGUGGAAGCACCUACUACAGAGAUUGAAGUAAGCGAGCAAGUCAAGGAUAACGAAGAACUCCAACCGAAUAAAGUAAAAUUAGACAUUUCUCUUGAAGACGCAAGCACUUUGUCUGUUGAAGCAGGUUGUAGCGAACAAGGCAGCGGAUUAUCAGAGGUUGUUGCAGAGAAAGUGGAGCAAGCAUCGAGCAAUAACCCAAAGCAUUUAACGCCGGACAGCUUAAAACACCUUCUUGCUCAAUCUGUUUACGGGAAACAGAUAUUGAAAACAGCAACUACACACAUAUUGUCUGUGCCCGGCAGAAAAUUCGUGGUGGAUCUCGUUGCCCGUUUCCACAUCUCCAAUAAUAGGAAAGCCACUUCUGAGUGGUUGAGGGAUUACACAGAGGUUAUAAUAUCGGUGUUCCCAAAAGAAUCAAAGGAUACCUUCUACAUUCCUACUAAAGGGAGAGCAAAUCCAGGAGGGAAACUGUAUAGCCGCAUCAACUAUAUUCGUCAAUCGGAGAGAAAUAGGGAGCGCCAGGAAAUUCGGCGCACAGAUCCGGAACUCGAGGAGACAUUUUCACCAGACGCUUUAUCUGCUGUUAACUGGCUGGAGGUUAAUAGUUUUCCCUGGAACACCGUGCUGGCAAAGUGGGAGCUCAGCUUCCCAGCCCGAAAGAAGCAACUGCGUCAGUUAUCUUCCGCCGAGAAACUCCUACACAAAUACCCUCAUUUGAUCCAAAGUUGCGGAUAUCAGCUGAUCUGAUAUCUCAAACUUGUUAAGAAAAACGAAAAACCGAACUGUCAUCAGAUGAGAUUCUCAUACACUGUAAUAAGAAAGUUUUCAAAAGGCUUCCUGAC